AUGGCCAUCAUGGAGAUGGUGCAAAAUAUCCUGCAGGAGGAGAGUAGUGAGCUGAAAGUUUUGCAAAAUGAACCAGAGCAGACUGGCAGCCCAAGGCCUGCUAUUGGCUCUGAAGCUGAUGAUAGCAAGACAGGAACAAUUGAACACACAGAAUUUCAGGACAGCUUUGUGACUUCUGGCGUCUUCAAUGUAAAUGAGCUAGUGCAGGUAUCCAGAACUCCCAUUGUGACAGGAACAGGGCCGAACUUCUCUCUUGGAGAAUUACAAGGUCACUUGGCCUAUGAUUUGAACCCACCAAGUGCAGGGAUGAGGAGAACUUUGCCAAGUAGCUCAUCGAGCGGAAGUAAAAGACACAAAUCUGGUUCAAUGGAAGAUGAUAUUGACACUAGUCCAGGUGGGGAGUUUUACCCUUCACCAAGCUCACCUGCAAGCAGCAGUAGGAACUGGCAGGAGGAAAUGGAAGGAGGUAUCUCCCCUACAGUGAAGAAGACUGAGAUGGACAAAUCUCCAUUUAACAGCCCCUCUCCACAGGACUCCUCUUCACGAUUAAGUAGCUUCACACAACACCACCGUCCUGUGAUUGCUGUUCACAGUGGUCUUACAUCACGAAGUCCCCAUGCCUCUUCAUCUUUGCAUUUUCCAACAACCUCCAUCCUUCCCCAGAGUGCUUCAGGUUACUUCCCUCACACAACGAUUCGAUUCCCGCCACAUCUCAAUCCACCAGACCCUCUGAAGGAUCUGGUCUCACUUGCCUGUGACUCAUCCAAUCAACAGCCAGGCCCGAACUGA